AUGGAGCUUGAAUCUACUGAUAUCAACUUUUCCGUCUCUUGGCUAUUGGGUCUCAAGCCCAAAUCCACGUAUCCAGAAUGGGCAAGAGACUAUCUGACAGAUGAACCCCGUUUCCUUGUGAGCCGUCUUCUCGGCCUUGUUCCCAGCCGCAGGCCCCGUCGCCGCUUGAGAAGGAGACGCCAACGUUCAAAGACUGUAGUUCAAUCCACCGAAUCUGCAGAGGAGGAAGAUCAAGAUGCAGAAUACCUGGACAUGGAUGAAUUUGGUCUUGGGAAGUUGUAUGGCGAUCUUCCCUACGAUUCUGAUGAUGAUUCCGAGUCAGAAUCCGAAGAUACACCUGUUGUGGAUGACGAGCCGCCCGUUCUGGCAGAGCCGGCGUUCCUAGAGCUCUGCAAAGAGAUGGAAGAGUUUCUGGACGAGAUUGAAAAAUCGCAACAAGAAGAUAACGACGACUCUGAUACCGAAACGAUUGACGGCCUCGAACCCCAAGAUUGCCAGGAUGAAUCUGCCUCGAGAAUUGAGUGGCUGCGACAAAAGGAGGUGGAAAAGUCAGAAAACAAAUACCUUGACCGGAUCAUGUCUUUACCUGGCUUUGAAGAAGCGAAAUCAUUCUUCUUGCAGGCAAAAGCCAAGGUCAAGGCAGCUGAAAGGCGUGAGACUGAUCUCAAGAAAGAAAACUUUGACGCAGUUUUCAUGGGCGGUGAAGGAACAGGCAAAACGAUGCUGUCCCGUCUUUAUGCCAAGUAUCUUGUGUCUCUUGGCGUUGUUAAGAAGUCUGGUGUUUUCACCGGGAUCAACAGAUUCUCGGCCUAUAACAUGUCCAAAACAUCAACUCUUGGCACAAUCCAUAACACCUGCAACGCCUGUGGUGGCUGUAUUGCUAUUAUUGACCAUGCCCAUCUCAUGAAUGGCGAUGACUGUAACCUUUGGAGCCUCUAUGUUCGCUCUCAGGAUCUGCCUGGUAAAGUCGUUAUCAUCGUGGCCGGCAACGGUGAAUGGGGCCUGUCAGAUUUGAUGAGCUACAGUCAUGAAGUUGCAAGUCACUUUCCCGUCUUGAAGCUGCCUAACUACACCGCGCAAGAACUGCAAGUGGUGUUCCAUGGUAUGAUGCGAAAGUGGUUCAAAAAUAAGAUGGAAGUCGAGGGUGGCUACGAUGGCCUCUACGUUAAGAUUCUGAUCCGCAGGAUCAUUUCAGGAUCCAGCGACAAAACCUUCGGCAACAUCUGGCCCGUCAAAAAGGCAUUUCUCGAAGCCUGUAGACGACAACUCGAUCGUUUCGUCCAAGCUCGAAAAAACGGAAACUAUUUGGAGGAUUUUAGCAUGACUAAAGAAGAUCUGCUGGGCAAUAAGCCAUCGCUAGGUCCCGAGAAGAGCCCUGCCUGGAAAGAGCUUCAAGAACUUGUCGGAUUGGAUGAUGUCAAGGAAGCGAUUCUGUCUGUGGUGAGCCAAGUAAACCAGAACUUCAUUCGGGAGAUGCGUGGAGACGAUCCCUUGCACGUUUCGCCAAACCGUGUAUUUCUGGGACCUCCAGGGACAGGCAAGACAACAGUGGCAAAGCUUUACGGCAGAAUUCUAGCCGACUUUGGCCUAUUAUCAAAGGGCGAUGUCAUCACAAAGAGCCCAGCUGACCUUUUAGAUCGGUAUAUCGGAGGAUCUGAAAACAAUACUCAAGAGGCAUUGCGGGAAGCAAAGGGCAAUGUUCUCAUCAUUGAUGAUGCCCACAUGCUCGACCCAGGCACCAACGGAAGCGCUGGUAGUUCUAAGAAUGGUGAUUUCAGAGGUGGUAUAAUUGACACCAUCGUCGCCGAAGUUACUGGUGCGGCUGGGGAGGAUCGUUGUGUUAUUCUCUGCGGUUACCCUGAGCAAAUGAAGGAGAUGUUUGCCAAUGCCAAUCCGGGCUUGGCGCGAAGAUUUCCCAUGGACACAGCGUUUGUGUUUGAGAACUUUGGUGAAGAAACCUUGGGGAAGGUGCUGGACCUCAAGAUGGCAAAGGAGAAGUUGGUUGCCACCGAGAAAGCCCGCGAGGUUGCUCUUGAGGUCUUGAAGCGAGCUUCUGUCCGACCGAACUUUGGCAAUGGAGGCGAGGUGGAUAACCUACUAUCCAAAGCAAUUUCAGCCCGUUUCCGUCGCAUCACCAAAGAAAAGAAGCCCCAAGAUGAGGACAUCGACGCUGUAUCUUUGGAGCCUCAGGACUUUGAUGCUGAUUACGAUCGUCUAUCACAUGCUGUGGCAAACACCCGCGCCCUAUUCGAUGAAUUUGUUGGCUUCGAGGAAAUCAUUUCGAAGUUCGAAUCGUACCAGUACAUGGUACAAGGUAUGCGACUGCGUAGUGUCGACCCAAGGCCUUAUGUCCCUUUCACAUAUGUUUUCAAGGGCCCUCCCGGAACGGGAAAGACAUCAACCGCACGGAAGCUGGGCCAGAUCUUUUACGACAUGGGUCUACUUGCUGCAGCAGAUGUGGUGGACGUCUCUGCGUCGCAGCUGAUAGGCGAGUAUUGUGGCCAAACCGGUCCCAAGACACGCCGUCUGCUCGAAUCGGCUCUUGGCAAAGUGCUGUUCAUCGAUGAAGCAUACAGACUAGCUGGAAGCCGCGGAUCAUUCGCUGAAGAGGCAGUCAGUGAGCUAGUGGAUGCUGUGACGAAGCCACAGUUUGCACGCAAGCUCAUCGUAGUUCUGGCAGGCUACGAAGAGGACAUGGACCGCCUUCUACGUAGUAAUCAGGGAAUCAAGAGCCGAUUCGCGACAGAGUUUACUUUCCGUCCCCUGCGGACUGAACAAUGUAUCGAGCAGUUGCGACAGGUUGUUGGUAAGGUGGGCAUUACCAUCCAGCCCACGCCCGAGAUGGAUACUUAUACUCGCACAUCCCUCUUCUCUCUCCUACAGCGCCUCAGUAACGAUAAGGGCUGGGCCAGUGGCCGCAGCAUCGAAACUCUCGGCGAGCGAUUGAUCGGGCACAUCUUUAAGGAAUGUGCCAUGAAAGGCUACACAGGCAAAGAGCUCAUGGUUUCCGGACGUGAGCUGGUUGCCAUUCUUGGGCAGGCAUCAGGCGUCCCAUACGCCAGUAUUAAGAUGAGAGGUGGACAGAUUCCCAUGGGCGCAAAGGUGAUGACGCUCAAGGAUUUAGAAACAUCAGAGUAA